GUAGCUCAUAUCUUGUCCGUCGUCUUGGCCAUCGAGAUCCCAUUUGGUUCUUAUGUCCUUAGCCAGAUAUAUUGACUGCAGCAAGAUCUAUUACUCUGGCUGCAGGUCGCAGGCGGUGGAGUAACCAGUCCUCUACGACUUAAGACCGCCAAAAAUCUCGAUUAGAUGUCAUCCAACCCGCCGAUCCUUUCCAUCCCCCCUCAGCUCUCUUCACCUGCCUCCCAUAUUCGCCACUAUCUAUCAUCUAUCCGACCGCAUGCGGCAGAACAUGCUCGUGCAGGUAUCACUCACUUUCAGAGAGCGCUGGAAGCUGGUAGCUCGAAGACUCUUAGCAGCAAGGGUUCCGAAGGGAAAGAACCGAUUAUGUUUGGGAAGCGGCGAGAUAGCAAUGAUCAGGAUAGUGACUGGGUGACCACAAGGCAGGAAAUAAUGGAGAGAAGGAACAAUACUCGGAAAGAUAUCAAUAAAGCACCAGUUCUUAUAAGCAACGAUAGAUCUCAGCUGAAAACGAUCCAAAGUAACAUUUUCAAAAUGCCACUGGCUGCUGUCAAGGAAAUCAAUGGUUUCCCAUCCAAGGAGAGACCCCAACGAUCAACAAAGGAGAACGGCGAUGAAACCAAGGAUGCAGAAACGGAAAGCGCCCAGCGUCGACUAGAACGCAAACUUCGUCGUCGUGAAAGAGCAGCAAUUGGCAAACCCAAACUCCCUACACCUUUACGUUCAACCAUUAAAAGCAAACGUAAAAUUAAAGCGUCGUCUAUCGAUGGGUCGAAGGAAGAAUCAGAAGGAUCACUUGUUCUAGGCAAAGGAAAGAAAAAGGGUAAGAAGUACAGAACUAUGCCGGAAAUAGUAAAGACCUACCAAGCCAAGAACGUACAAGCGCUGGGUGGACGGAUUACGGCCAAACCCGUCCAGAAGCAAGGUUUUUUGGGCCAUGGAAAAGCAUCAUUACCCAUUAGGUUACCUUCAGAGAAGGCUCGGAUGGCUCCCCCCCGAGUUUUUUCAGAAGACCAAUUCCUCGGAUCCCACGGUGCAUCACUGGACCCGACGAUGGAUAAAGAAGUUUGGAGCCAAUGGAAAAUUCGAGCACCUCAACCGGGCCCCACGCUACGAUCACAGUCCAAGGGAAAACAGCCACAGCAGCAAUUGAUUACUUCCCCGCGGUUGGUUCCGUCCCGCUCUUUACCUUCUCAACGUUCUCCUACACGUGCGUCGUCUAUCAGGUCCAUCAUGCCUUCGAACCAUCGUCAGGAAGUUGGUUCAGGAUCCCGGUUUUCAAACGGCAGGCUCCCACCUCCAGGACGUACCAACUCCUCUAGCUGGCAUACCGAAAUUACAGAGGAGCGUUCAUAUAAAAAACAACAGCAUUCAACGGGUCUUGACAAGAAGACAAUUGUCAGUAUUCAGUCUGAAGGCAAGGUUAUUCCCGAUCAAGCAAUCAUCAGCAUUCACUCCGACCCCAAACUAAAACCUACCCCGACUGUUGAUGAAGGCGAGCCGACAGCAUUCGUAGGAUCAAUUUCGGACACCGCGCCUUUUCUUGGAGGUUCAAAUGGUUUGGCUUCUACGCGGGGUGUACCUUGGAAGGAGAGCACGCCAAGUUUUGGGAGGCCUAAUCAUGUUGGAGAUCUAUCUUUUUGCCAAACACGCGUUCAGGGAGUGGAUAAUAGCCAAGCGAUCGGAUGCUUUCGACGUAGUCAGAAUAAUUUCCCUUUAGUCUCAUUCCUCUCGAAUGGAGCAAAUCCCAAUACCGAAAGAUUUCAUGACCCACGACAGUUUCAAUUCUCAUCUGCACCGGUAUUUCAGAGCAUGGACAAUUCUAUGGGGGUAAGAAGGGUGCCGACAGAAAACGAGCUUCAACUACACAGCGAUACCUUACAGCAGCAAACUGAAUCCUUGACCGGACAACAGCCCUAUCACAUACAAACCGCAGACGACAUGGCAUUCCAUGCAGAUGGACCAUCAGUCUCGACAAUGUCACAACUUCCAGUAUCAAUCUCGUUCCAAAUGCCCCGAUAUAAUCAAUCUCAGGCCGCACGGCGAAAUAACUCCCCAUGCGAGGACGACGGCAAUAAGGACUCGGAAUCCCUGAGGUUCCAUUCGUUUUUCCAACAACAGGCCAAUAAAGAAAACCUUCAAGCGCCAUUAGGUGCAUAUCAAGAAAAGCAACGGAUUUCGCUUUCCAAAUACCAUAGCGCUUAUCACACCCACCAAGCGAACUUUAUGCCUUUGCAUGAGUGGCAGCCUCAAGCAAUGCCAUCUUAUGAGCCACCAAUCCCAUUGUACCAGGACAGCAUGGACGAUGAUUCAAGGGUCUUUCAAGCACCUUUCCACUGGGCAUUUAAUCCUGUCGAGCUGCAACGACAGACGAACAUCCGAUCUAAACGACCCCAACCGGUACCUUCGACUAUCAACAACAAUCUUGAUCUAAACGUGCUCAAUGCCAGCCAUGGAGAGCCAGUGAAUACGGUUGAUGAUCAUUAUCUAUCUUUCGACCAAUUUGACCAGUCAAGUUUUGUUGAACAGGGCAUGUGGCAGGAACGACCAAAUGGAGGAGUAGAAGAGCAAGUUGGAGUGACGGAAGAAGAUUGGCAUAGAUUAUGGGGGCAACGGGCGUAUCGUAGAUGAGUUCAAAUUGAAGGAUGUGAAAAGCUUGUCGGGUGUUGUUUUAUUUAAUAUCUACUCGUAGCUUGCUGAUACCUAUCACCUGUGUAAAAUAACUACAUAUGGACAAAUGAAUGUUUAUCUG